CUAAACUUCUAUUUUCCCUUCCACAUAAAGAUGACCCUACCCACUUUUAAUAUAGAUAUUAUUUUUGAAAUUAUUAAUAAGUUAAAAGAUGAUGGUGCUAGUUUAUUCAAUUUCCUACUUUUGAAUAAGCAGAUUUGUGAAUUAACAAUCCCUAUUCUUUGGGAAAAUCCAUUUAAAUUUUGCAAUAUAAAAGUUGAAAGUAAACAUUAUUUUAUCAUACAAACUUAUAUUAAUUGUUUCAAUGAAGAUGAUCAUAAGAAAGUUAUCUCAAUCUUAAACAGUGAAUUCGAGAACUAUAAUGAAAAUAAAAUACCACUUUUAUUUGAAUAUGGAAAAUAUUUAAAAGAAUUUAAUAUUCGUGAUUUAAGUAAUGCAGUAAUUUCAUGGUAUAAAAUUUUCAAAAAAAAAAAUUAUUUAAUGAACCCAAUUUAUCAUAAUGAAGUUGAAAUAUUAAAAAACCAUCUCUUUCAUUCAAUUAUGAGACAAAGUCAAAGAUUAAAUUGUUUAAAUUGGAAUAUACGUUUUAAUGAUAAAAAAAUAUUGAAAAUCAUGCAACACAAAAUUAAAUAUUUGGAUCAUCUUAUAUUAUAUUGUGAUGGGGAGUAUGAUAUCAAUAUAGCAAGAAUGUAUAUUAAUUUUUUUAAAAAUCACUUUCAAAAUCUUUCUAGUUUAAAAAUAAAUAUAUUAUAUGAUAAUAAAUGUACAAAAGAUUUUAUUUCUCUUGUAAAAUCAAAAAAUAAUCUAGAGGAAUUCAUUUUUGAUUAUAAAAGUGUUAAAUGGAAUGCUGAUAAAUUUGAUGAUCUUAUCACAAAUAUUUUAGAAUUAAGAGCAAAUUCUAUAACUAAAUUGGUAUUAAACAAUUUGGAUUUUAGCAAAAUAUCAUUUGAUUAUAUUCUUAAAUGCAUUAAUUUAGAAGUACUGGUAUUAAGAUCUAAUGAAGGAUUAAAAUUUGAAGAUAUUGAUUUAUUUACUUCAUUCAAUAAUCUUAAAAAGUUAGAUUUAUCUUUUAAUGAUUGGUCAUCUGAGGUAACUACUUUGAUUAUAAAAAAAGCUGGAAAUAAUUUAUCUUCUUUAACAAUUGGUGAAGAAGAUAAUAAAAAAUCAAUUAAUGAUGAUACUUUAAUUGCUUUGACUCAAUAUUGUCCAAAUAUUAAUUCAUUAUCAAUUUCUGGGGUUUGUAAAAAAGGUUUUGAAAUGAUUUUUAAAUAUAUUAAAAAUUUUAGGCUAGUUACUUUACAAUUAUAUCAAAAUAAAAUGAAAGGUACAAUUAUGAAUUUAGAAGGUCUGUUGAAUUACAUGGAAUAUGAAGAAACUUUAUCAACAUUAGGAAUAGGUAUAAAUGAUGAUUAUUGGCAUUACUAUAAUUAUGAUCGUGAUAAUUUUAAAGAUUUCUUAGAGAAGCAUAAUAUUAGAUUAAUACUAUAUAAACCUAGAUUUUACUAUUAA